AUGUGGUGUUCCAAGAUAAGGCGAGCACUUGCUAAUUCGAGUCCAGAAGCAGGAAACGUGAUACAACCAUUUCCUUUCAGGCAAACAACACAGUUCCCUGGCAGCACAAAAGCAUUGCUUCUACUGCUAAAUCUCAAACGUUCAGAAAACCAUUGCUCCUCUGUGGACGUACCAUUCUGUAUUAGUUAUUUGGAUGUUAUGGAUAGAAACAGUACUUACUCUCCAAUCACAUGGCCACCAAAGUUUUGGGAGCAGAUAACAAUAGCCUUCACAGUGUCCAUGGUGGUUGGAUUGGUGAUUGGAGGGAUCAUCUGGGCAUUGUUUACUUGCUUGUCCCGUCGCAGAGCUAGUGCCCACAUUUCCCAGGGGAGUUCCUCAGCCUUCAGCCGUCGGUCCAGGCCCCCCUCCCAUGGCCACACUACCGGCAGGACUGGAUUUUACCGCAACAGCAGCUGCGAACGUCGAAGCAACCUCAGCCUGGCCAGCCUCACCUUCCAGCGGCAAGCCUCCUUAGAACAAGCCAACUCUUUCCCCAGAAAGUCAAGCUUCCGUGCUUCCACCUUCCACCCUUUCCUGCAGUGUCCUCCCUUCCCGGUAGAGACGAACAGUCAGCUGAUCACCCUCACUCCCACAAACACCACCACAACCCUGGUGGGAAGCACCACCAACAGCUUAAGUCGACCUGAAUUCCACUGGUCUAACAACAGCCUCCGCAUCUGCCACUCCACACAAACACCCCCUCCCGCCUAUGAAACCAUCAUUAAAGCUUUCCCAGACCCCUGAGCUAAGUCCUUGCUGCAAACACACACAUGCAUUUUAAGAGGAACCUCAAUCAUCUGAACAAUUUUCUGUGCAUGAUGAAGAUCUCUGAGAAGUCUCUGGCUGAUAUUGUGGAGUGGACACACAUUGCAAAGAGGCGGGUAGCGGCAGUUUCUUAGAGCGGAGUAGCCCACUGUCCAAGGGAUCACUUGUCUUUGCACUGCUGGCUCCAUUUUACUGCUCUGCCAUAUGCUUGCGUAUUUAUAGUGUUGUAUCUUUAAUUGUAACAUUGCACCUUUACUUUAGAGGAAAGAAAAUUCUGCCACAUGAAAAACCCCAGAUCAUUUAUUGAAGAAACAGAUCAUGUUAGGGAUUACUGAUAUAUACAUUUCUGCAAAUUUCACUAUUCUGUUUCUUUCUUAAAAACCAAAACCAAAACCAAUAAAGAAGCUCUGGGUUUAUGUAUUUUCACAAGGAUGUUAAAUUUUCAGAGAACACCUCACAUUACCCACCUUCUUCCUAUAACCACAGAACAGCUUCUGCCUACAGAACCUUAGACACAGACCUUGUAGAGAAUUUAACGUCACAGUCUUGGCUGUGGUCAUGGACAUCCUGUUCUGCUGAUUGUAGGGGAUGUUAAAAGACUCCAUGUUAGGGCUGCUUGUAUAAAAUUCCCUUCACAGUAUGGGAAAAAUGUUGAAGUGUACCAAGCUUCAUGCAGCUUCGAACACGCUAAAUGCAUGGUAACAAUUAUGAAGGAUUUUCUUCUUUUUAGCCAGCAGAACAGGUAGUCUCAUUUUAAUACCCAGUAAGGCUCUAUGGGAGCAGAACUCCUCAUGUUUCAUUUUUCUAGUUCUGGUUAUCAAGAUAAGCAGCAUGAAUGACAACUAUUUUUUUAAUUAAAUUUCCUGUUUUGCUAUGAGAUUACUCAUUUCCUUAUUUUAAAUUGUAUUUCUCAAAUUGUAGCAAUAUUUAAUCCUUCCUGGCAAGUUAUUCACAGAAAUCUUCUGUUUCACUAAAGCAAGAUUUUUAAACAUCUAUGGCUGAAUACUCUAAUUGUACAAUUAGUUGAAAUAUGAAGAUAAAGAUGGAAUAUUUAGUUGAGGUUUACAUAUAUUCUUGACUGUUAUACAUGUAUCAUUUCAAGCUAACCCCUGGCUUAGUAGAGGCUAAUUGCAUUGAUGUGAGAAGCCCAGGAUUUGGAAACAGCACAGGCAAAUGGGGCUUGAGUUAAGUCUUAGUGUAUCAGUUUCCUGUUAAAUAUUUCAUGUUUGAAUAAAGGGUAAAGGAUUUCCGCAAGUAGAGGAGCAGUCCUACUCCUCACUUACAAAUAAGCCUUUUGAUCCUAAAAGGGCUGGGCAACUACCAGCCACAGGUCUCCUGAUUCUGAGGGGCUGGUCCUGUGCUUCUGUAGAGAGAAGAAGUCCUCAUCUGUCUUCUGGGAGGGACAAAGAUUCAGCAGCUUUUGAGAAGAGGCAAAAUGCUUGACCUCUCACUUUCUGGGCUUUUGAAGACUGGCAGCGUGCAUCCCUUUGUGGAGCUCAGCACCCCUCAGGAAGCACUGGUAUUGAUCUCUUGACUGCAAUCUUCCAGCCCAAUAUUCCAGUCUGAUUUGCAAAUACGACUACAAACAUUGAGCUUACAAGCAUUGCUUACUGUAAACCACAAGUAUUCCUUACUGUAAAGGCAAAUUAUUUCGCAUGUAUUUACUGAAUGGCUUUCAUUGUUUUAUUUUUAGUGUGCAACAUUUUCCCUUCUAGAAGGAUAUAUGCCAUUGCUAGAAGAACAACAAUUUACAGAGUUUACAGAGCGUUUCACUGCAGACACUAUGGAUUCUAGUACAUGGAGGACUUGCUGAUAAGACUGCAAAACUGCAUCUGGCUGGUUGCAGCCUACAGAAUGAAAACUAUAGUCCUCUUGAGAAACAAGGUUGUGUUAUUUCAUUCAUUAAUAAUAUUUUUUUUCAUUUAGAGUCUUACUGAGUCUGGUGAACUUCAUUGCACGCACAAGUGCAUUCAUAGCGUCCUAACUCUAGAAUAGGUGAUGCCACCUGUUCUAACGUGCCUAUGAAAAGCAGAAUUCAAGCCUGCUCCCUUUGCUUAUUGAGUUUGGUGGACUGUUUGAAGAGACAAGUUGGUCUACAGUGUGUGCCCAGCUGGCCAAAACUGCUAGUUCCUUGGGAGUGAAAGCAUUUUAGAUGAGUAAAUUUUUACUCCUGGGCUGUAAAUGUGCAUUACAUUACAGUAGAACUUUCCACAGCAUAUUAUUACAUGUAUUACAUUAUAUUUAGUAAACAAUGUAGAAAGGGAAGCUUAAAAGUACUGUAUUUUUUUUCCUCCUGAAAUCUGUACUGGAUAUCAAAACAUUUUUUUACAUCCCCUGGGUUUGGGAGAUUAACAACACAGAUUGUUUGGUGCAUGACCAGUAUGGCUGACAGAUACCUAACUACUAGUUUAAAUGAUGUCUGAAAUGAAUGUUUUGCAACACUCUGGAAGCUUCAGAAUGUGAAAUAAAGUUAGAUGUUACAAUCUUGA